AGCUAGAUGAUUAAAAAAUAAAAAUUUAACCGAUGUUCUCUCCAUCCAUUAGUCAUAACGUGGAUCCGCCGUUGCUGAUUGGAGUAGGUUGUUUGGUACUACACGUGGACAUGGUAUUUCAAGAACACCUGGCCGGAAGAGGGCGUCUCGAUGCCACGUGUCCAUGAACAUGAUAAUCACUAGAUGUGAUUAGUUAAUUAAGAAUGGCUGAUUGAGUAAAGUCUGGUCCUUUUCUCUUUCAUAAGAUAAGGUAGGGAGCCCACACAAUUGCUUCAUUGAGUGUGCGUCCUUUGAUUAGUGUCACUAAACCAAUUACAAACGAGACAAAACUCUACUGAUGGCUCAGCAUCAGCAAAGCAUCCAGGGCUCAGAGAUGGACCAAGAAGCGCCUUACCAGCCGGAGUCCAUGCCCGCGGACACGGUCACGCUCCGGCCGUUCGACCUCGCCGACGUCGACGCGGUGAUGGCGUGGGCGUCGGACCCGGUCGUCACUGCCUUCAUGACGUGGGCCAUACAGUCCCGGGAGCCUAUGCUCGCGUUCCUGCGCGACGCCGUGCUGCCGCACCACUGGUUCCGCGCCGUAUGCCUCGGCGGCGAGCCCGUCGGCGCGGUGUCCGUGACGCCGACGGACGACAGGUGCCGCGCCGAGCUCGGCGUCGUGCUGGCGCGCGCGCACUGGGGCAAGGGCGUGGCCACGGCGGCACUGAAGCGGACGGUCGCCGCGGUGUUCGGCGACCUGGAGGGCGUGGACCGCGUCGAGGCGCUCGUCGACGCCGACAACACGGCGUCGCAGUGGGUGCUCGAGAAGGCCGGGUUCCGGCGGGAGGCCGUGCUACGGAGCUACUGCGUGGUAAAGGGCAGGCUCAGGGACAUGGUCAUCUACAGCUUCAUCUCCACUGACCCCCUCGUCGAGUGAUCAUCAAGAUUAAAGAGAUGUAUACAUAUAGGAGAAGAUUAAUAAUUGCAUGUAUCUGUUUUUUUUUAAUCCGGAUCACCUUGUCUGGGGCCUAUAUUGAAAACCAAAUCGGAGGUGUGCAACACCCGAGAAUCGAACCCGAAUGGGCGCAGCCACAUCCUGUGGCUUUGCCGCCGCAUUCCGUGCCGUGCACGUAUCUGUUGAUAACAUGAAUGCAUCAUUAUCCAAAUCUCCAAGAAGCCAAA